AUGUCAGAUGUACCCUAUUUCCUGUUCUUUAUAAGUAGAUGUCAGACAGAGACAGACUGCAGUACACAGCCAGCUGUGGUAAUGGUGAUGUCACUGUUGAGGAGUUUUCUGUUGUUCUACUUCUCAUUCAACAAAUUGACCACAGCAGCAGCUGUUUAUUCCUUUGCGCAUUCUUCAGCUACAUUGGCUCCAGAAGCAACAAGUAUAUUGAAUCCAAAGAUGACUUCAGCUACCAGUUUUCUAUUUUUUGCGAUCCAUUUAGCCUGUAUCAGAGCUGGAAAUUCUUUUGAGACAUUUGUCAAACUGGAGUGCAAAGAAGAAUACCAUGGGGUUUAUGGUCAGCAGUCAUUGCUGGAGUGUAUUGUCAAAGCUGUUCAGAACGUGACCAUCUUGACGGUGACCUGGAAGAGGGUGGGAGGUGAUGCACUUUUGUUGGAAUACCAUAAACAUGUAAAUACCUCAACCCUUGGAUUUAAAUUUGCUGAGCCAUCCUGGAACAAGAAGAAUAUGAAUGUGUCCUUGUUGUUGACAAAUACCAAGAUGGCUGACAAGGGGGAGUAUGAAUGCAUGGUGAGAACAGACAGUGGUGAUGCUACAGCUACAAUCAGCCUCAGUGUCACAGCUAUGUACAAAUCACCAACCAUGAGUUCCAGUCCUGAGAACUGCAUAAAACAAAACACUGGUGUGACCAUUUUCUGCAACUCUACAGGUGGGCACCAGAAAGGGUUGAUCUGGUGGUUUGACGAGUUUGGCACGAACUGCACAGGCAGUGCUGAACUUGUGGCCAAAAAGGCAGACGACACACUGUUUAGCCUCUCCAGUAAACUAACAGUUCUGAAGGCUACAUACAGUGGUUCUACAAACUACUCAUGCACAGUGCACAACACCAAUGGAGUCCAGGAGGGGAAGGCAUCAUUUGAGAUCCCUUUUGUAUGUUCAGCAGGUUCAAAAGAUGAUUUUGCUUCUGACUCCACUACCCAGUGGCUUGCACCAGUUGGAGUCAUAGGAUCUUUGGUCAUUGGACUCCUUGCUGCGCUGCUGAUAUUUAAGAGGCGCUCUGUCCAACGGGCUCGAAGGCUGUCCACCUUUCCAUUAAUGAGUAUGUCCUUCAAUAUUCGGUCACAGUGGCCACCCAACUGACACGCACCACGCUGAUGAGGCAGAAGGAAAAGCUAUCCUUACUGUCUAAACAGUGACAGUCCACAGGACCAGCAUUUCAGUCGUUAGUAACUGAUUCGUUAACUGGCAGUCUCUGGAAGGGACUGUUUCCUUGAUGAUCAAUAAGGGGCGAUCAAUAGGUGUCCGGUGACAGUCACUUUGGCAUUCAGGUCAUUCUGAUUGAAGCAUUUGUUUCUUCACAAUCUACAGAUGAUGGCAGCCUUUAAAGUCUGUGGUUGAUUACAAAUGAUAUGUAACUGCCCUAUAUAUCAAUGUUUCUAUACAGGGUAACCAUGGUGUCACUAUGCAUUAGAUUCUACCACUGUAGAACAUUGGUAUACUGUAAUACCAGGUAAUCUAAUCACUAUACUCUAGAUUCUGCCACUGUAGAACAUUGGUAUACUGUAAUACCAGGUAAUCUAAUCACUAUACUCUAGAUUCUACCACUGUAGAACAUUGGUAUACUGUAAUACCAGGUAAUCUAAUCACUAUACUCUAGAUUCUACCACUGUAGAACAUUGGUAUACUGUAAUACCAGGUAAUCUAGUCACUGUACACACUACUAUACUCUAGAUUCUACCACUGUAGAACACUGGUAUACUGUAAUACCAGGUAAUCUAAUCACUGUACACACUAUACUCUAGAUUCUACCACUGUAGAACAUUGGUAUACUGUAAUACCAGGUAAUCUAAUCACUGUACACACUAUACUACAAGGUGCAUGGUUUAACAUUCCACGUUUCCUCUACUGUAGAUUCUACCAUAUUGGUUGUUAUUACUAUACUGUAACACCAUACCAUCUAAUCACUAUAACGUUACAUGCUGUUCUAUACUAAGGUUGUGCGAACAUUCAAUUUGAACACUGCACUUUUCUGAAAACAUGUAGUAAAACUGGUUUACCUUCUGAAAGAGUGUUUCGCAAGACUGUACAACAACCACUCUUAUAACCAAAAGCCAGCCUGUUGCUCCUACCACAGAUUUAGUUGUUGGCCUUCCUCUUUCUCCUUGUCUUGCUCGAUCUGCUGGUGUAAAAUGCAGAUCUAUAUCUAUCUUGCUCAGGUCCAGGAAGUGCAAUGGAAUGAAACUGUAAACAUGUUGAUCAUCAGGUUUCAAGAGCUACAACUGCAUCUGCCACUAUUCUCCCUGGGCUUUGAUCCUGCUACAAUACCUCUGGGAAGAAUGAGUCCCCAUCUAUUCUAUUUGUUUGAGUCCCAAAUGGCACCCAAUUCCCUAUAUAGUGCACUACUUUUGACCAGAGGGAAUAGGGUGCCAUUUGGAAUGCAACCUUUGACUUGACUUUGUUUUAUUAUUUUUGGCAGUGAAUGUAACAUAUAACCAUUACCAGAAGUCAACCUGUCGCUCCUCCCACAGCUGUUUGUUGUUGGCCUUCCUCUUUCUCCUUUCUUCUUGUCUUGCACCAUCUGCUGGUGGAAAAUUCAGAUCUAUAUUUAUAUCUUGCCCAGGGUUCGCCUCCAUGAAGGCAGUGCAAUGGAACGCAACUGUAAACCUGAAAAACGAGUCAAUUAGUAAUCUGAGAGAAUUAGUUAUCAGUUUCAAGUUGAACAUGUAAAUGUUUACCUGGUGGUUGGUUAUGAUACUUUUGUAAAUGCCACAAUUGUUUUAUGUUAUGAAAGAGGCUGCUAUUGUCUUAAUUUUGUAGUUAUAGAAUGACUGUUUCAGUUCCCAUUAUGUUUUACUGCUAUCAUGUUGCUGAUGACAUUACAUUUAGACUGACUAAUCUGUUGUAUUGUGGAAGCUUGAGGUGAAUGGCGUCCACAACAAGACUCCGCCUCCCAUAAUUCCUGCCAAAUCUUGUAUCAGUUCCUUCUUACUUCAGUACAUGAUUGGCAGUUGGCACUAUAGAUACAGCUAGAAUGAUUAAUCGAUUUAUAUGCUAGCCUGUUUGGCACUGGUCAGGGCUCUUUCAAAGAAGCUUGGACUUUUGGCUUAGCUCUAUUAUGGUGGUUUGAGAUGUUCAUGUGUAAAGUUUUGUUUAUUUCGCAGUUCAACAAAAUUUGUUUUGUUUUCUGUGUGAAGUGUAUAUCAAGCGAUUUGUUGAAGAUGUGCCUGCUUGAGGCCUACUCCACAUCUUAACCCAUAUAACAUACUUUUUUGUUGUCCCCUGUUUUUCUUUUGUAUAUUUCACACUUUGAAAUUCCUUUUCAAAUCCCACACCUUUGCCACUGUUUAGGUUCUGUAAAAAUGAUGAAAAUUGUUAUUGAUUUUAAUUACUAUAAUCUUUAAAAAAAAAAGAAUCAUAAUUGA